CGGAUUCUGCUUUGUUAUGGCGAAAUCUGCACUAUCAACAUCAACAUCGAAAAAUGACACAAACCUCGCUCAUCAACAUUGGAUUGGCAAAGGCGCAACGCUGGGAGAGCACGAUGGGCCAGUCGACAGAGGAAACGUUCGAUACCUCGGACUACUACCAUACGCCAAUGGACUGUUCGUUAGCUGAAGUUGACGCUGGUUGUGACUUCGCAUCAACAGCUGGGCCUAAUGCGUCGCCGCUGUGCAAUGAUGAUGCCUUUGGUGCUGGGAUCGAUAGGACGUUGAAGAUCUUCACGUCCUCUGCGCAGUUACACUACCGGUACGCUGUGAAGUAUUUGCCGAUCUUGAUCAUACUGGUUCCCUCGAUCCUAUCGCUAUUCUUCCCGCGGACAAUAAAAGUCGGGUCCUUCCAACUCGGCAAUGAGCAGAGUAACCCUUCGGCCAUUGUGGUUGAUAUGUUCUCGAUACUGACGUUAUGCUGGAUGGUGAAGUUUCUAUUGGACUGGCCGUGGAAGUGGUACUUGCAGAUCAAUGGGCUGAAGGCGAAAUUGGAGUCGUACUUGGACUCCCAGUACUCCAAUGCCACUGAUCCUCAUCAGGAGGAGGCCCACGGUGGAGAAGAGUGGCAGGCAACUGCUGACAACAGUCUAAGACAGUUGAACUGGCAACAAGGUGCCUCACUGGUGUGCUGUGUUAUAACGCCGUUCAUCUGCUGGUGGAUCCUUGUCUUUGCCCGUGAUAAGAUCAUCGUGAUGGGUGCCUCUGGUGCAACGUCAAGGGUCGUACUGUCGGACUUGAACGUUGUGAUAUUUGUCAGCUGCGGUAUUCUCAGAGUUAUAAUCCAGAUAUCUGAGCAUAUCCAGAGAUCAACAGCGUCUAUCGAGCAGAGAACAGAGAAAUGGUUCAAGUUAGCAACAAUUAGGCGUCAUUCAACGGCACAACAUCAGGAUCAGAACUCUGGCGAGAUGCAAGAGAUCAAGGCUAAUAAACGUGAUGAAGAGUUAAGCCAAAGGAUUAGCAGAUUGGAGUACCAAUUGAGCGAGGUGUCAAGUAAGAUCCAGAUGAUCUAUUCAAGAAACAAGGUCACUUUGGAUAACGAAGGUACGUUCUUAUCAAUGAAACACUUCAAGAUACUCGAACGGGAGAUCAACGAGAUCAAUUAUAAAUUGAACAACAAAUAUGCUGAUUUGGACAGUGUCAUCUUCAGGCUGAAGGAGGAGGUGGUUGGUACUAAACAGAUUGACACGAAUAGUACAAGGGCCCUAGUGGAGCAGUCAGAUGCUAUUGAAUCCAAGAGACCAGGCCAUUCCUCUUCUCUUCAUGGUAUUGUUCUAACAAAGAGACCAACUUAUAUUCCUCAAGGCCUGAACAGCUCAUCUGGUACACUGAAAUACCCAGUUGAAGAAUACGCCAAAUCGUUGAAGAAUGGAAUACCAGGAUUUAAAUCCUCUUGGGUUCAAUAUUUGGCUUCUACACUGAGCCCUAAGGAAGAAGGCAGUGUUGAUGAUAAUGAUGCUGAACACCUUGAUGAUCUACAUGAGAGUAACUUGAACAAAUUGACUGAUUUGAACGGCAGUGGCAAUAAGGCCAUGGUACAGCAAGUCCUGUGGUUCUUUAUUGAUAUGCCAUUGUUCUUGCAAAGACUUACCUGGUCGAUGAUUGCUUACAUUCCAACAAGAUUAUUGAGAAUGGUGUAUCUCGUUGCGCUAAUGAUACUAGAGGUCUUAGUUCAGAUAACAAGCUCCAAGUCAACAACUUCAUCCGGCUCAAAAGAGUUCUCUUCGAUGCAGACUUCAAAGGUUAUCAAUGGCGUAUCGAAGGCAAGACGGUAUAAUGGCUUGGUUUGAUGGUUUUAAGUGCUAGGAUGGUGAUAAUGACAGCUGAUUGUAUUGUCAUUUGCUAUUAAUGGAGGUUUACUAAUGAUGGCUAACGAUAU